AUGCACAACUCUGACUCUAAUGGAACGGAUUCGGCCUCCGCCUCAAACAAUGAUAAUUCGGCUCCAGGAACACUACAACAAUCCCAGACACAACAAUCCAUCGAUGAAGUGAACGAGGUAAGGAAUAUCCGACUGCCUCCUUUCUGGAAAGCGAAUCCCAACCUUUGGUUUGCACAAGUGGACGCUCAAUUCGCAACUUUCCGCCUCAGAUCUGAUCAGCUCAAAUAUUUCCAUGUAAUUUCUGUCUUGGACAUCGAUACCCUCCAACAUGUAUCAGAUCUAAUUGCUAAUCCUCCGGAAAACAACAAAUAUGAAUCGCUUAAAACGACCCUCAUUGAUCGAUGCAGCGACUCUCAAGAGCGACAAAUCAAAAAGCUACUCAGCGAAAUUGAGUUAAAUGACAAGAAACCAUCACAAUUACUCAGGGAAAUGCGAGUUUUGGCCAAAAAUUUCGUCAGUGACACCAUUCUACAAACUUUAUGGCUACAAAGACUUCCUACCAAUAUCCAAGUAGUCCUGUCAGCGUCAGCAGGGCUAGAUCUGACAAAAAUGUCUGAAAUAGCCGACAAAGUCAUCGAAGUCACAUCAAAUUCUCCAGCUUUCAUCGCUGAGGUAUCCAGUAAGCCCAAACAAAAUCUAUGUGGAUGUGAAGGUCAAAUUUCCCAGCUAUCACAGCAAGUGUCUGAAAUGUCAGAAAAGCUUGAUAACCUACUCAGAAAUCGUAGCAGAUCUCGACUUAGGAGUUCAAGCAGAGGAACAGCUCUUACUGACAACAAGGAGUAUUGUUUCUACCACAACCAAUUUGGAAACAAGGCAAAAAAGUGCAACACACCCUGCAGUUUCAACCAACCAAAAAACUAGACGCACCGUUGGAGAUAGAGGAGGCAGCCAACACAGGUGUAACAAAGCAAUACCGCCUCUUCAUCAAGGACAAAGCAACUGGAGCCAACUUUCUAGUGGACACUGGCGCCGACAUCAGCGUUCUUCCUAAAAGUUUUGAAACUUUUGGGUACAAAAUUCUUACUUUAAACUUCGGCCUAAGACGCCCAAUUACCUGGAAAUUCAUCAUUGCCAAUGUUCCACGUCCUAUCAUUGGAGCAGACCUUCUAGCUUAUUUUGGCCUUGUCGUGGACCUCAAAAAUCGAAAAAUUUCUGAUUCCAUAACAAAUCUUCAUGUUCCUGGACGUUUUCUACCCUGCUCUGAACCUGCAGUCACCAUAGUGUCAAAAACAUCAAAAUUUCACCUUUUACUUCAAAAGUUUCCGGAAAUUACAAAUCCCUCAAUAGU